AUGGUAACUCUAGACUCAAAAGAUAAGAAGUAUGCUUCUGCGGUUGAGAAGGCGCUAGGCUUCUUCAAUACCGUGGAAGAAUGGGCUGACUGUAUCUCAUUUUUAUCAAAAUUAUUGAAAGCUUUGCAACAAAAACAUACAACACCACACUGGAUACCGCAUGAUAUAAAGAUCUCCACUACAUUAUCAAAAUGUCUAUCUCCCAACUUACCAAGUGGUGUACAUCAAAAGACAAUUGAAGUUUAUGUUUUCAUUUUCAAUGAAUUGGGUGUUGAUGCACUUGCUAAAGAUGUUAAUAUUUGGAUUCCGGGUAUUCUACCAAUUAUGCAAUUUGCAUCCAUUAGUAUUAAAUCAGUUGUUAUAGAUCUCUAUAAAAAUCAUUUGCUCACAUUACCACCAAGUGUACUCAAAAAUCUUAUCAAGCCAAUACUAUCAUAUUUGAUACCUUCAAUAGAUGAUGAAAGAAGUGAAUUUUUCGAUGCAUCAAUUGGGCUGAUAGAACGUUUGAAAACAGAGCUUGGUGAUGAUUCCUUAUUUUGGCAAUCUCUAUUUUUAAUUAUGAUCACCAGUGAAGAAAGAAGAUUAGGUUGUUUGGUCUGGUGCAAUAAGAAACUACCAGAUUUGAAUGUUAUUAUCCCACCACCUGAAGAUUCAAAAGAUGAUACGCCCGAUUACUAUAAAGAAGAGUUGAAAAAGAAACUAAACUCUGAACAAUUAGCACUGAUAACACCAGAACCAGGCUUAUUGGUGAGGUCGUACAUUGCAACAUUGAAAUCUGAUAACAUUCUCAUACAAAGAGGUUUUUUAGAUUUAAUGAUUAAGAAGCUAAAUCUUAAUUCAACAGUACUACAAAAAAUUUCUCCAGCAAAGGAUCUCCAAAGUUUGAUUAUAAGUACAAUCGGUGCUGUUCUUAAGAAAGAUAUGUCAAUUAAUAGAAGAAUUUGGUCAUGGCUUUUAGGUCCUGAGGGAGGUGACAUUAAACCUGUUGACUUUUUUCAACAAAAUGCAUCUGAACAUUUGAUUGAUGGCCUUUUGAAAUAUUUCCAAGGGAAAUAUGGUCAUCAACCUUCUUAUACUCAAAAACUUAUAGGUUACAAAAUUUGCCUCGCAAUUAUGGAUAGGUGGGAAAUUGGAUCUCAAGUCGUACCACAAGUGCUAGUUCCAUUAUUAAAAUCAGUUUAUGACUCCAAGAUAUUACCAGCAAAUGAAUUCAACGAAUUAUUGAAAAGUGCAUCGGCCUUGUUUGAUGCUGUUGAGACAUUGACAAUAUGGAGUACGUUAGUUAAACUUGUGGAUGAUCAAAAUAUCGAUUUCUUAAUAUUUAUUCUUCAAAAUUUCGCUGUUCAAGAUGAGGAGAUGCUGGUUCAUCAAUUUCCUUUAUUUUUCAUUGCAACAUUGAUCAUAAAUGUCAAAACUGAAAGCUGGUAUAAAUUAUUGGAUUUGUGUAUCGGAACUAUUCCUCAGAGAGCUUAUUUACCCAUUGAACAUUCAAAUCCAGAAAUUAUUAAUUUAACAAAUGAAGAAGUAGCAGUUAAAAUUGAUGAAUACUACCAGAAAAAUGAUUCAUUGGCACUUCCAUUCAAUCCAGCUGACCUAGCAAAACUUACUUUGAAUAUAGUGACUAACCUUGCUGUUGAAAACUCAAAGAAGAAUGAUCAAUUUGAUUAUAUUGCACUUUUAAAUAAUGUUAUUGAUACUAUUCCAGAGUUAAACUUCCAUAAUGAUCAAGUUAUUGAAAUAAUAAAAGGCUCAAAUUUUGAAGGUGAUACUUUACUAAGUCUUACAAAGCUUUUCCCAAAAUUACAAUUUGAUGCACCAUUCUCUAAAAUUGAGAUUUUGAGAUCAUUAGUUUUUCAAUUGUGUUCUUUAUUGUUGAAUAAAGGGUAUGCUUAUCAAGUUGAAACCGUGAAAGCUUUAAGCCAUUUAUCCCUCAACAUAUCAUCAAACUAUAUUGAAGCUGCAGUUUCUGCUUUCCUUUUAGAUCUACCUAAGUUUGGUGAUAGAUUGACUUUGUUCAACUAUAUCUGGAUUCACACUACUGAAUCAACAUUAUUGGAUAGACCAUUACAUAUCAUUUUAGAUGAAUUAAGGGAUGCCAAUCAUCCAAACUAUGAUAUUGUUCAAAAUUGGAUUUUGGGUAAUAUUAAUAUCGGGUUGAUAAAUAGAUUAUUUCAACUGGUUGCUUCAAAAUUAAAUGAAUCGGUUAAUGAUAAACUGGUUUUCACUUAUCACUGCUCGAUUUUGUUAAAUGUUUUGAAGGUUGAUACUAAAAGAAUGUUACCAUUAUUCACGGAAGAACUCUCUGUGAUAAACUCCGUUGAAUAUAAAGAUGAAGACGUUUCAACAUAUAAGGAAUUUACAUUAUAUGCUUUGGGUAAAUACUUAGAUACUGGUACAUUUGAUGCUAAUGCAAACCGCGUUGUCUUUAAAUUAGUUGAAUUGUUGUUAGAUGGUCGUGAAAAGAAUUUUGAUCAAUUUGUUUCCAAAGCGUUUGCACUUUCACAAGAUUUCAUCAUUUAUAAUUCAGAAAGUGAAGAUUUUAAAUCCAUAUCAAUCGUCUUAUUGGAUCAUUUGAAAGAGUUGAUUAAGAUGCCAGUUGUUACUAGAAAAGAAGUAUCUGUGUUUAAAAUUCAAGCUGAUAAACAACAAUCACCAUUCUUCGAAUUCUUAUUAUCAAGUUUUGUCAAGUUCAAUAAAUCUGAACUAUUAUCAUCAUGGACUGAAUUGUUGGUUACUUCUUUCAAACAUCAAGAUGAUGCGAUCUUUUUCUCAGCUGAGGCAAUAGUUAUGGCAAUAAUAAAUAAAGUCAAUAUAUUCUUUUAUAAUGACUCGGAAUCCAAAGAUGAUGUUUCAAUCUCAUUGCUAUUGGGUGUUUUGCAAGAACUUUUAUCGUUAGUGAGAACAUAUGUGCUAAGUAUUGAAGUUAAUAGUCCAAGAGUUGGAAAUAAUGACCCUGGGUUCUUUUCAAGUGUUGUAUCAGGUGUUCUAGGUGAUUCCUCGAAGAAUAAUAAUCUAUCAGAUGAAUCUAAAAACCGCCAAAUGGUUAAUUCAUGCUUCAAAGAGGCGACAAGAACUUGUUAUGAAAUAUGGAGUACUUCAGAUUAUACCUUAAAAUUAAAAGCUGAUUCAAAUCCAAACCUUUCAGUUAAAUAUCAAUCUUUGAAAUUAAAACAUAGAUCCAAAAAUUUGUUAGAAAAAUUAUGCAGUUUAGAAUUCAACGAAGUUUUGAAAAGCUUAAUCGCUAUAUAUGGUGGUGAUGAAACUUCCUCGGUUUUCAAGCUUUUGAAUGUUCUUGAUGUCACAAGACCACAAUUAUCAUUACCACAUAUAUUUCAAAUAUUAUCUAUAUCAUUGAGAAACACAAAUAAACAACAAAAACCAAAUUCAUUUGAUGUUAGUUAUUUCCUGGUGCUAUAUCUGUUGUCUUUACAAAAUGACUCUAUGGAGGAUAUUUAUGAUAAUUCAAUCAAUUUUUUGAGAGAAGUUGCUUCUGAUUUAAACUCUUACAAACAAGUUUUAAUCAACAUUGUUAAGUUUACUUGUGUGUUGGCUCAAAAAUUGAAAACAACUACAUUUGGAAGUCAAAAAAGAAUUAAAAAGGAACUCGGUGAUUUAUUUGUGAAGAUACUUCCUGCAUCCUUGAACUAUAAAAACAUUGAAAUCAGUAAUGCUUUAGCAUCAAGUAUCAAUGAUUCAGAUUCUACAAAAACUGACGGUCUGGAAAAUAGUAGCUCAAUGUUAACUUCAUCGGCUACUUUAGAAGCACCAGGAGGAGGUAAUCAAGAGGAACUUUAUACAUCUAUUCAAUGGAUUGUACCAAAAUUAAAUGCUGUUGUUACAGAAGCUGAUAAACUUAAUGCUGCUGUAUCAACCAUCAUGGUUAAUUUAAUAACACCAAAUUUAAAAACAAGAAAUUUUCCUAAAAAUAUUUCAAUUCAUAAUCUAGAACUAUUAGGUGAAUUAUCCAAAGAGUUUAGUGAUUUUAAAAGUUUAAAGUUUCAAUUAUCAGAAGUGUUCAAUGAUCAAUUAUUUUUCGAUGUUGAACAUAUAAGUUAUUGGAAUUUGAUUAUGAAAAAUUGGAUAAAGAAUGAUUCUAGUGAUAAGAUCUCUGAAUAUUUGAACAAAUUAACAUCAAGUGGUACUGCAAAUAUUUUUAAUUGGUCAGAAAAUGAACAAAUUGCUAAAUCAAUGGCUUUAAAGAGAAUCACAUAUUUGUUAUUGAUUAGUGAACAAGAUCAACAUAUUGUUUUAUUAAAAGAAAUAUUCUCCAAAUUGGAUUUAAUUAUUGGUCAAAGUUUAUAUCCUUCGCCAGAGAUUUUCCUUGUUAUUAGAAGUGUUUUACUCAAAUUUUCACCAAUUCAUCUCUAUGAUUAUUGGACAAUGAUUUAUACUACAUUACAACAAUUUUUCUUGAAAUUAUUAGAUGCUGAUAAAAAUGAAAUUUCCAAGAUUAAUUUAAAUAGUAUUUUCCAAGCUUCAAAGUUGUUAGAUUUGAUUUUGGUUUUGAAAUUUGAAGAUUUCCAAGAGUGGAUUUUCAUCAUUGAUACUAUAAAUGCAAUUUAUAAAAAUGUUAAUAUUAUUAGUUUGAUUGAUAAAUUAUCAUUGAAAGAUGAAAUUUAUGAAACAACUGCAUUAACAACUGAAAAAUCGGAACUUUUAUCUAAAUUAUCAGAAUCUAAAGGCCUCAGAAAACCAGCAUUGAUUGGGAUUAGAGAUGUAAGUUCUUUAAGUGUUUUGAAACCAUUUUUUGAUGGGUUAAGUUAUUUUAAUUAUGAAAAUAUUUAUAAUGGACAUGCGCUAGAUCAUGAAGCAUGUGAAGAAGAUAUGAUUUCUGAUUUGUUUUUGAAUGCAUAG